AUGAAGCGUGCAUCAGAUGAUGGCGAGGAGUUCGGUUCUGAAGCACAGGAUUAUGUCAGAAAAGAUUUCUACGUGGAUGACGGUCCAACAUCACGGGCAACUGUGGAAGAGACAAUCAAGCUCGUUGAUUCUGCUGUGAAGUUUUGUAAUAAGGCAGGAUUGUUACUUCACAAAUGGGUAUCCAAUAACAGGGAAGUCAUCUCAUCAAUUUCCGCAGAACUGAGGGCAAAGGAAGUUCAACAGUUAAAACCAGGGGACAAACUACCCACAGAACGAGUUUUAGGAGUACUUUGGUGUGUAGAAACUGACUCCUUUUACUUCAAGAUGGAUUUGGAUGAGCAUAGUGUUAGCAGAAGAGGGAUCCUAGCAAUGGUGUGUUCAGUGUAUGACCCUUUAGGUUUCUUGGCACCGGUAAUGUUAACUGGAAAAUCAAUUUUGCAAGGGCUCUGCAAAGAAGGAAUCUGA